UUGGCUCGAGUGCAGACGUUGUCCGUUGAUCGUCGUCUUCGUCUUCGUCCUCGUCUUCGUCUUCGUGCCUUUUAAUUUGUUGAGUUAUAGAUCAUCCCCGUCGUUGUCGUCGUCGUUGUUUGCGACCGCGUUUCUUACGAAUUCAUGUUCAUUCGAAAAAGACUUUCGGUUCUCUUCGAGCGUGUAGUGUCGUCUUACGGUUUCACCUUGCCACUUUCUAUCCGAUUGCGUUUGUUAGUUCUACCUCUUACUCCCUUCUUUCCCCUCGAGAUCGCUUCUCUGUCACUUUCGACGAAAGUAAGAAUUUGACGAGGAGUCUACGAGAUACUCCGGCACGUGAGUUUUCGCGCGCUCUUUGACAUCCAUCGUUUAACGGGAUUUUACGUAAAAAUCAUCGUGAAUUUUUUUCAAUUUUCAUUCGAAAAAGAUAUAAAAGAAAGGGACAGAGAAGAUAGCAAGACAAAAAAGAAGACAAAAAGAUCGAGGUUUCUGUUAGUUUUCUUGAGAGGUGGACGUCUUGUCAUCUUCGUCAGCAGUAAAGUGGACGAAACUGAUCUGUUUAUAACAAGAAAAUUGAUGAAAAUAAACGUCGUUUGUUCACGAGGUCAUGCAUAAAAGUGGAACACACGAUCGAAAGUCUGUUUUUAUUAUACUUCUAUGAUCCGUUCAAGUUCAAAAAAUCGCUUCAGCUAAAAAACGAUCUCAUUCUCUCCCGACUUGCUCUCGUAAGCGUUCGAAGGAGAAACGUUAGAUGGAAAAGUGUGUAUAAAAGGAAAAAAGAUAAAGUGUGAGAGUGAACGAGAGAGAGAGAGGGGGGGGGAGGGUAAGAGUGAGAGUGAGUCCGACAUUCAAUUGCAGGCAUUGCAACAUUUGAAUUUGUGUGAAAGAUUUGGAUAUUGGAAGGAAAAAAGAAAAAGAAAAUUGGGCAAAAUGUUAGCAAAACUCUUUGAAGUACAUGGCAGAUUUUGUGCUAGUCAUCCAUUAGAAGUGAUUGUAACAACAUUGACUCUAACAGCUUGUAUGUUGAAUAUGGAUACUGGAAAUGGACAAACUCACGAUGCUGAUGUUUUACCAGUAACAGUAAAUUGUCGGCAUGGUCGAUGUAACCCUGACGAUUUGAACGCUGUGGAAAUAAUAGUAAUGACUAUAAUAAGAUGUCUCGCAAUCCUUUUUACAUAUCAUCAAUUUCGAAAUCUUCAGAAACUCGGUUCAAAAUAUAUAUUAGGUAUCGCUGGCUUAUUUAUAAUUUUUUCAAGCGUUAUAUUUACAUCUAGUAUUGUAAAUUUUGGUCGCAGCAUCUUCGAUCUAAAGGAUGCACUCUUCUUUUUCUUAUUAUUGAUUGAUCUUUCGAAAGCUGCUAUAUUAGCACAAUUCGCAUUAAGUUCAAGAAAUCAAGAAGAAGUACGCACUAAUAUUGCACGCGGUAUGUCUCUUUUGGGUCCAACCAUAACAUUGGAUACUCUAGUCGAAACACUUCUCAUUGGAAUAGGCUCUUUAUCAGGGUUUAAACGAUUAGAGACACUCUGCAGUUUUGCAUGUCUUGGUGCAAUUGUAAAUUACGUUGUGUUCUUGACAUUCUAUCCCGCGUGCUUAUCACUCAUUCUCGAGCUUUCUCGGGGAAGUCACACUAUGGGUCCAUUAACUGCAGAUAAGAUUUUUAUGAUGUAUUCUAUAAACGAAGAGGAACAAAAACCAAAUCCUGUAGUAGAACGUGUUAAAUUAAUUAUGAUUGCUGGUUUAUCCGUGGUUCAUGCAAACAGCCGUUGGCCAUUUAAAAGUAGUGGAAGUGAGCAUACAGUGGAAGGUGCAAUUCCAACCAUUUCACAAAUUGUAGUAAACGCAUAUAACGAAACAGAGAAACAUUCAGAGAUUAAAGAAUAUUUAAUGAAUUGGUUAUCAGUUAGUGCGGAAAAUAUAGUUAUAUUAAUUCUACUUCUGGCAUUGGCCAUUAAAUUCAUUUUCUUUGAAGAUAAAGGAGACAUAGCAAAACAAUUGAGAUUCCAAGAAGAUAAUACAGAGAACAUAAUUGAAUCAGAAACUAUUACUACAGAAAAGAUGGAUAUUUCAUUAAGACGACGGUUCGAAGGUAUAAUGUCUAAUCAACGAUCAGUCUUUCCAUUAUCCGAAAUAAAUAAUGAUUGGAUAGAAGUAAUAAAUGAGCAUAACGUAGAACUUGUUGAUAAAGAAAUACAAACUGAUGAAAAAAUGAAUUCUACGGAUACAUCAAGUAAUAAAGAUUCAUCACAUCAGCAUAUUGAACCAAGAAAUUUAGAAGAGUGUCUUGAAAUUUAUCGAUCUGAACUUGGAACAAACGCACUAACGGAUACAGAGAUCAUUAAUUUAGUACAAAAUAAAUAUAUACCUGCAUAUCAAUUGGAAAAAGCUGUUGGAGAUAUGGAAAGAAGUGUCGGUAUCAGACGACUCUUAUUAAGCACUACUGGAAAUUUUACUGAUGAUUUACUGGAAAUACCAUUUAAAAACUAUGACUACUCAAAAGUACUAGGAUCCUGUUGUGAAAAUGUUAUUGGUUAUGUACCAGUACCUGUUGGCAUUGCCGGACCUUUAUUAAUCGAUGGAGAAUAUUUUCACGUUCCUAUGGCUACGACCGAAGGUUGUUUAGUGGCAUCUACUAAUCGUGGUAGUAGAGCAUUAUUAAAAUGCGGAGUAACAAGCCGUCUAUUAGCAGAUGGUAUGACAAGAGGACCGGUUGUUCGCUUUCCGAAUAUCGUUAGAGCAAGCGAAGCCAUGUCAUGGAUGCAAACUCAAGAAAACUUUCAAAAAAUGAAAGUUAGUUUUGAUCAAACUAGCAGAUUUGCUAGAUUGAUUAAAAUUAAUGUACGAAAUGCAGGAAGACAUUUAUUUAUUCGCUUCGUAGCCAAAACUGGCGAUGCUAUGGGAAUGAACAUGCUUUCAAAGGGAACAGAAAAAUCUCUACAGACAGUGCAAUCAUAUUUCCCUGAUAUGGAAGUUUUAUCUCUCAGUGGUAAUUUCUGUACAGACAAAAAAUCAGCCGCUGUAAAUUGGAUUGAAGGUAGAGGUAAAAGUGUAGUUUGUGAAGCAGUGGUGCCAUCAGAAAUAGUGACAAAUAUACUAAAGACAUCUGUUCAUGCAUUAGUGGAUGUCAAUAUAAGCAAAAAUUUGAUAGGAUCAGCAAUAGCGGGUAGCAUAGGAGGAUUUAAUGCUCAUGCCGCGAAUAUAGUGACUGCCAUUUUUAUAGCUACUGGACAAGAUCCUGCACAAAAUGUGACCAGUAGCAAUUGCAUGACACUGAUGGAACCAUCGGGACCAGAUGGUACAGAUUUAUAUAUCUCUUGCACAAUGCCAAGUAUUGAAAUAGGUACCGUGGGAGGUGGAACAGGACUUCCAGCACAAAGUGCGUGUUUAGCUAUGUUAGGUGUAAAAGGAGCAAAUAUAGAACAACCUGGUGAAAAUGCCAGUAGAUUAGCAAGGAUAGUUUGUGCUACAGUGCUUGCAGGAGAAUUAUCUCUAUUGGCUGCUCUAACAGCUGGACAUUUAGUCAAAAGUCAUCUUAGGCAUAACAGAUCAUCGACAACAGUAAGUAAUCCAAUGAGCAUUGUGCAAAGUACUAAAGAAGAAAAACUAUCAGUACCAAGUAUAUCACUACCUUUACCAAAACAGUGUUCAGAAUAUUAAAGUAAGUUUUAGUAAUAUUUAUGGUAUACCUUUUAAUGUGAUUAUGAAGAAAAAAAGGUAAUACUGUAUGAACUAUCACAUUAUUUUUUGUCUCCCAAAGAAAUACAAUGUUAAAAUAUAGAUAU